UUCAAAACAAGGAUUUCGUGUUCGGUAAAAGUGCAAGUUUCUGUAAAAUAAUUAAUCGCUUUUCCCUCGGAGUCCGCGCAUUCGGUGGUGUAACGCAUGGAAACGCCAGCGGGGCCGAUGCAGGGGAGCGAUUCCUAUCUUCUGCCACGGAACGAGCGAAACUACGCACAAAAGAUCGCAUGAGAAAACGGCGAACAGAAAACUCGAAUUGACCACCGCCAGGCUCGUUUUGGCUGGAUUUGUUGCGCAUAAAAAAGAAAUUGUUGAUAUAAGCUCGUUGUGGUUGCCUCUAAAUGGACGCAGCUAACUUCUACAUUUCACUGAACUCGAGAACCACACACCCUAUUGAUCCUCUAAGUUAAGCCACCGCCUUUUGCCAUAAGACUCACCGAAACGAGAUCAUUGAUUGAGCUAAUCAUGGAGCAGUUCUCGCACGACCUCACAUUGGCACUAGAAGAAACUUCCCGCACCACUUCCAGCAAGGUGCGCUGGGGUGUCCGACGACGCACGCGAUCGACGGGCAAUUUACCAUGCGCACCGCAACCAACGGAGGAUAGCUCCAGUAGCCCCACGGAUCCACCGGUCAAUAACGUGGUGGUGAAUCAGGCCGAUUCUCCCUGCCUCAGUGGAAGCAACAACCUGGUUCAGAGCGAUUCAGACGAUCGACAUUCCGUGGCGUUUGCCUUCAAGCUACGCCAGACGCCACUAUCGGGGAACUUUGAGUCAGAUUCGCUGAACGAGAACUUCAGCCCGGCCAGGCCCAACAUGCGGCGUAAACGAAAGUACAAACGAAUGGCCGUCGAGUACGAGACGACACCCUCGACCCCACACAUCGGUGGUAGCGCUCUGUUCCCCGUGGCCGGUACGGUGAAGAAGCGUGUGUUCAAACACUCGUGCCCGGAAAACUUCAGAAGCGCCAUGCUGUUUUGCGGCAAGCGUAAGCGUGGUCAGCGAGAUCGGUCGGGGUUGGAUUAUGAUUUCUGCAAGCAACAUUCCAGCAGUGUACCACGGCAGCGAGAGUUUUUCGGUCUCAAAGGAUCCUCAUAUAGCGAGUAUCGAAGUCGCAAUCGAGCGGCCUCUUUCUCGGCCAGUCUCAUGAAGUGCGAGCGAAUACUUCCGCUCACAAAAACUGUUGUCUCCAAAAUUGAGCGAAUAUCUGCCGAUCGGGACCGGGAGCGGUCAGCUCGUUUGGAUAGUGCACGCUUGGGUCAUUCAUCGACAGCCAUUACAACGACCGCUACCGUUGGGAGUGAGUUUCACUUCUCGAUUCCGUUACAACAUCCCAAGCAGCAGCAGCAGCAGCAUCAACAACAGUCCAUUGCUAGCGGUCCGAUUGGAGGGCCGUUGGUUGUUGCUGGUAUUGGUGGUCAGUCGAUUGCGCCACAAGAUACACCACAGUUUGCUCCUGUUAGCCCUGGAGCUCCCGGAAUCAGUCUACCGGAAACAAUUACCUCGCCAGUUGCACGAACUGCCCCAUUGGAAUGUUCGUUCCCCUUGCAACGGUUUGCUCUAUCGAUGGCACCAGUCAGCUUGCCUGGGACUAACAUUUUCGGAGGAACUUCGACAGCAACAACAGCCACAACAGCAACAGCAGUAACAGCAGCAGUAGUGCCUACAAUACCGCUCCAACCAACACCACCUGGCAUUGGUGUGUCAACACAACCAACAUCUAUCGCACUGUCUCCCUUCGUUGGCGGUGCGAUCGAGCACAAGCAGCAUCAUUUCCGUCCAACCGGCGUGCAAACGACGAGCGUGUCGAUAACGGUCAAGGUGCCAACGUUGAACGAAUUGAUGGUUGCGUCUCCUGCUACGGGCAGCUAUCCGAAGGAGAAACAUCGUCACCGUAAAUCGAAGUACAACCGCAAGAAACAAAUGCUCAUGAUGUCAUCGGGUCCGGAAGGCCACGGUCAACUGAUGGAUUGUGGUGGGCAGGUAAAUGAUUUCCUCAGCUCCAGCUCGCUGAGCUCGAGCGAUUCGGAAGCCGUUCUGGCGAACGAAACCGAUCAUGAAGGAGAUGAUGAGCUAACGGAUUGGCCAGGAAACGAAGCAAUGAUCACGUUCGCCUCGAAGCACGACUUUCGUAAAGCGUAUCAUGGCACUGGUCAACAAAGGGUUACCGGGCCGGGUAGCAGCUUCGGCCGAACUCCACUAUCGUUGAUCAGUCAGCACGAGGAUCAGGACUUUGCUGACGAUGAUACACUCAUGUCGGCCGACGAAAUGCUGAAUGCCGCGACGACUAACAACGAUGCCCCAGGCGUAAACACAAUGGCACCAAUGGGUGGUGAGGCCCGAGUGUUGAGUGGAUUGCCAGGGCUCGGUCUUACCUCAUCGUCGUUACCAAUCGAAAUCGGCACGGGCGGUGUGUCGGGAGUUGAUGCAAAUUUUCUAGUCAAUAACGUGACUCCCACUCUCGCCAACGAGAUACGCGAGAUACGAGCUGGCUGUCGAAGGAUUCGCGAAGAACGGCCAGGCUUUUCCAUAAUCUCCAGUGUCAAUGAACUGCUGUCGAGAUUCUUACAAGAUGAUCAGCAACGCGAACUGACGCUUCACGAUGUCAAUGAGGCCGAGCAUGAUAAGCUGCAGGAUCUGUGUAAACUGUACUCACUGAAUGCGAGACAAAUAUCGGAUGCGGGCAGUGUUGUGGUACUCAGCAAAACGAGCAACACUAUGCAAUCGGUACGAAUCGAUCAGUCGAACCUUCCCAAACGGCUAGGUGAUUUCAAGCGACGCUGCUACGGCAAUGCCGAAGCUCUGCAAUUCCCGCAUGGCGGCACAAGAUAGACGAUUUCGUGAUGGUUUAUGUCGUUUUUUGUGGUUUUAUUUCACUUUCUAUCGUAAAAUGCUCAUACGAAUAAUUUUCCGUGUUUCAUGCGGUCAUACUGUUCUUGCCUAUUCCAUUACCAUGGAUUGAAUGUAGCGUUUGAAUUAUGUGCAGAUAGGUUGCACGUCACGAGAGACGCAGGCUUUCUUUCUCUUUUCCCAUGGGACAGACGGUAGGGCUUAGGUUUCGCCUCCGUUAAGCCGAGUUAUAUUAUUUUCGUAUGAACCAUAGAGCCAAGAAGAUCUUUUUACAUAAUUGGACGCGCAUGUGAACAAAGUUAGUUUUGUAAGGUUCUCUGUAGCUGUAAGAAUUAUGAAGAACGCACUAUGAAUAACAAAUGGCCAUCAUUCUAUCGUGUGAAAACAAACGCUUCUACAUCGUUCUAAUGAACACAAGCACUGCUGCCACACUUUCUGCUACUAAUAUUGCUUUUUCGAUAUGGCAGCCAAUUAGUGUCAGUCGUGUUGGUCUGAGAAAUGAACGUUGACAAAGGGAAAAACGAACAACGCAUAUUGAAAAUAUAAAUGA